UUAUCAUCAGCCGUUAGAUCACAAACCAACGUCAAUCAACCGUUCGAACGUGGCCAUAUAUAUGUACAGGUUCUGCUAGCUUCUAGAACUCAGGCGACGUUAAAGUGAAGAAGACGAAUCGUUUUUCACCUGCCCCUUCGUCUCCUGGUAUUACUGCUGUUUCCUUCUCGUCCGAGCCGACGUCCACGAUCGGAAGCCCUGAGGUUCCUUGUAUUAUCAAAAUAGCAAUGCAGGGCAAAAUAACUCCAUUAUCAGAGCUACGUCCCAUGAACACCUUGUACAAUGUUCAUGUCAGGGUCUCAAGGACUUGGGAAUCUAGGGGUAAAAGUGAAAAAAACCCUCUAAUCCAUUUUGACAUGGUGCUCAUCGAUCAAAAGGGUUAUGCGAUGUACUGUGAGGUACCUCCACAAGUUCUGGAUCAGUUGAAACAAUAUUUAGAAGAUUACAAAUUCCUCAAUGGCACUUCAGCAUGUCGGUGGUAUAUAAAUGAAAAUGACAUUCCAGCGAUGAGGACAUUUCAAAGAGGACUGCCAUCUCUGGUGACACCAAUUAAAAAACUAGAACUCCAAAGCGAAGAUUACAUGGAGCAAGGUGUAGAACAAAAAACUCUGUUUGACCUGAAACAGAUUGAUCCUUUGACUGACAAGAACAAAAGAUUUCAGUGUACAAUCACACUGAUAUCCAUACCAGAAAAAGAGGAAUGGUGCUAUAGAGCUUGCAGAGUUUGCAAUUCCAGAAUGAUACCAAGUGAUGAUGGAUAUCAAUGCACAAAGAUAGAUGGCUGCUCAUGCAAGCAAUAUGAUUGGAAGUGUCAUUAUCAUACACUCCCGAGUUCACAGAUAUACAACAUAUGGAUGUCGACCAGCAGUCUGAUGCUUGGGAUACCACAGAGAAGCAUGAAGAACAGAACUGGAAGAAGCUAAAAAAUGAGGAAUGAUCAAACGAGGUGGCUGCGAAGGUCAAGCCUGCUGGAAAGACAUCGUACAAGACCAUGGUCUCAGCCAGUGACUACACCGAGUUUGAGAACUUCUCAAAAUGGCUCAUUUUGCUUAAAGUUUCUGGAUAUUUUGUUGUACAGGGACCACCGAUGUGGACCGCUCCUUUUGCUUAAAGUUUUUGGAUACAACUUUGGCUAAUUAAUGCUCUUACUACAUAUCUUUUGGUUGAAUAUCAAGCUUUAGACAGCCCAGAACAUUUGUAUGCACCAUAUCAUUGUGUAGAUAAUGAAAUGACAGGCUCUAAGAUAUCUUUUGAGGAGAAAAAUUAGAUUCACUUGUGCCGACAA